UCAAACCCGCGCCCCUCCCCGCUGCCUUCCCUUCCAGUUCCGGUCUUCCAGUCCACAUCCACAUCCAUCCACAUCUUCCCCCCUACACGUCCGCGACUCGACUCGCGAACGCGGCUAAAAAUUUCCCUCCCUUCCCCCCACCCUCGUUUCCUCCUCGCAUUCUCGCUCGCACAACCUCGCGCUUUUCGCCUUAACCCCGCCGCCCCACUCCCCCCACCUCCCCGCCUCGUCGCCGCCCGCCUUGCCGGGACCCUAGCUCCGUCGGACGCGUCCGGGGGUGGUGAUCGCGGCGCGCCCGCCCGAUUGGGCGCUUCUCGCGGAUCGGAGGCAUGUCGUCGGGAGGAGGCCGUCCGCCGGCGGCGCAGCACAUCGUGCGGUCGGUGCGGCAGCGGUUCGUGCCGCUGCCGCCGCCGCUGGCGCGGGCGCCCUUCGCGGCGGCCCCCGGCGAUUACCACCGCUUCGCGGCGGCGUCCCGGGGCGGCGAGAUCGAGGAGGGGAUUGUCAUCAGGAGGACACCCCUGAAAAGAAAAACUCCAUGUGGAGAAAGUGAGGCUGCUGAGUCAAGUGAACGUAUGAUGACUAGCCCUGGGUUUACUGAAGGAGUUGGCAGCCCACUUAUGACCCCAGUUUCUGGAAAAACUUCUAGGACAACCAAAUCAAUGGCUAAAUUCAAUAAAGCUGGACCUCAGACGCCUAUAUCCAAUGCUGGUUCACCUGGAAAUCCAUCCACUCCUGCCAGUUCUCGCUAUGACAAUUCAUUAGGACUAUUGACCAGAAAAUUCAUUAAUUUGCUCAAGCAGACUCAAGAUGGCAUUCUAGAUUUGAAUGAUGCUGCAAAGAUAUUAGAUGUAUGGGUUCGGAAACGGCGCAUAUAUGACAUAACAAAUGUACUGGAAGGAACAGGUUUGAUAGAAAAGAAGCUUAAGAACAGAAUCCGUUGGAGGGGUUCGGAUGACUCAGGAACUAACCUUGAUAGUGAUAUUUCAUGUCUCAAGACCGAAGUUGAAAACCUUUACAUCCAGGAGCAAGCUUUAGAUAGAAGUAUAAGUGAAAUACGGGAAAAGAUGGAGGAGUUAACUGAAGACGAAAGCAACCAUAGGUGGCUAUUUGUUACUGAAGAUGACAUCAAGGGACUGCCCUGCUUUCAGAAUGAAGCAUUAAUCGCAAUAAAAGGACCUCGUGGUACUACAGUUGAAGUUCCAGAUCCUGACGAGGCUGGUGAUUAUCUCCAACGGAGAUAUAGAAUAUUAUUAAGGAGUACAAUGGGCCCAAUAGAUAUUUACUUGGUUAGUCAAUAUAAGAAAAUGGAGGAGCUAGGUGAAACUGCAACACCUCCAAGGCAUGCAAGUGUUGUAGAGCCUCCCUCCAUAGCAACAGAAGCUGGACAUAGCAGCAAGCAGACCAUGCCGUUGAAUGUUCAGCAGGAUAUCCAGGAAACUCCGGAGCUUAAUGCUUCACGUGCUUUUGGAAGGAUGAAGAAGAUUACUCCUUCAGAUGUUGAUGGUGGCAGAACUCAUGAUCAUGUCAUUGAGCUAAAAACAGCAUCCCAAUUCACACAUUUGAAAAUUUUGAUGCUGCACUAGCUGCAUAAUUUUGAACUCCCCUAGUAUCUUGAUUUUUAGUCAGCAGCUUUAGUUGAAAGCUCAAUGUUACAGAACUUCACAUAUGGACGAUUUAGUAUAGCAGAAGUGCAAAAAUAUCUUAAAUUGCUGAUCAUGUGCUUGACAUAAUUCUUGUUUAAAAUAAUAAACAGCUAAAUUUCUGGAACCAAUAACAAAAAAUUACAAGCUCAUUCUUAUAGUUCAGUUAUCUUACACUGCUAUAGCACUCAAUAAUAGACAAAUUACUUAUGUGGUAGACUCUAACCCAUGAUAUCCUUCUACACCUUUGCAGACUGAUGCUGAUUACUGGCUUCUCACCGAUGAUGAUAUCAGCAUUACUCAUAUGUGGACAACAGCAUGUAUCCUUGAUGAAAUAUAGUCAUUGGGUUUUUUUUUUCUCAUAUACUAUAAGAGCUUACAAGUUGCACUGUGCAUUGAACUUUGAAGUACUUUAACAUGAUAACCAGCAGAAAUGCAGUGGGAUCAGAUUGACACCAACGACUUCUUAGCUGAAGAAAUAAGUGACACCCCAUGUGCACUCAACCAGCCGUCUGCUGCAGCCAGUGAACCUACAGGCGUGGGCUUCAACCAUGGAUAACCAGUAAGGUUUA